GCUCCAGGUUCCGCGAGUGUCCGCGAAAAACUAGUGCCGCGAGCCAUCAUGGCGAACCCACGGAAAUUCAGUGAAAAGAUCGCGCUGCUGAACCAGAAGGAGGCCCAGGACUCAGCGGCUUUCGAAGCAAUCAUGAAGGAGGUUUCGGACGUCACGAGCAGAGUGGCCUCGGCGAGCAGCUCAGUGGGUGCUAGUCCCACGGGAUCCGGCGUACCGGAGACCCCGCUGUCCGUCAAGAGUGCCGGCGCCAGUCCACCGCAGUCUAGCGGCAAACACCUGCACAUUAACCUGGGGAAUCAGUUCAGAGCGGGCGGCUCGUUGCCGAAUGUUAACAACAAUGUCAAUUGCGGCAGCGAUACGAAAGAACACUCUUCGCCGCACUCUGGCGCGAUCCACUCGAUCGACCUUAAGACGGCGCUCAGCAAUCUGGAGGAGAUGCAGCACAACUCCAUGUACCGCACCGACAACCGAAGCCGCAGCAUGGUAGGCCCGAUGCGAUCGCGGCCCAUGGAGAAGAGGCACGACACGUCGCCGUACAGCGGCGUGCCUUACUUGUCGCCACCGCCGCCGGACACCUGGCGGAGAACAAACUCGGACUCGGCUCUGCACCAGAGCGCCAAUGAAGCUUGCCAGUCGACCUCCGCCAUACCUCAUCGACGAGGUAGCGACGCAUAUCAGCACGUUAUAACCGAAAGCGGAAACGACAACAGAGAUUCUCACCAUGGUUUCAUCGAACGACCAAGAUCUUCAUGCGAAAUGCCUAGAGUGCCUGGGAUUAAUAUAUACCCAAGCUCGCAGCCACCGGGACAGCAAAUACCGAUAGGUAACAACACAGGGUCGUUGCCCGACUUGAGCAACGUACACUUUCCGUCACCUCUUCACACUCCUUUGGAUCAGGAGGAUCAUUCGAGUAGUACGCCGUUCAGCAACAGUCCUCAAACGAGCAGUCCCACAAACCUGUCGCCGACCAGCUUGGCACAAGCUGGUAGGCUCUCCUUUUCACAGGAUCCGUCAAGCGUCCAACAGGGUGUGGCACUGGAAAACAGCACAAGUACUUCGCAACAGGAUCUUCAGAGCUAUCCGCAGCAACCGGCGCCGCCGACAGUGACGGGGACGUCUCACAGUCCGACUGCUGGCCACUACAUUUAUCAGCAAUCGCACAGUCCUGUGCCGCCGCAAAGUCCAAAAACGUCACAGACUCAGCAGCAGCAGCAGCAGCAGCAGCAGCAGCAGCAGCAGCAGCAACAGCAGCAUCAACAAUCACAACAGCUCAAUUCGUUGGGGUCGUACAGGUCCACGCAAUCGGUGAGCAGGCCGUCGCCGCAGUCGUCGCCUAGUCUAACAGUUGAAGGAAGUCCUUUAAGUUACAGCAAUAAUCCAUCAGCGCCGCCUAGUCCUACAGGACAUCCGGGUCCACCCAGCUUGACAUCCGAUGCUAUCGAUCAGAAUACUUAUUUCAUCAAUCAGGCGCAAGCUGCAGCCCUUCAGCAGGACUUCGAGCAGUUUACAAUGGAGUGGCCCAAAUUCGCGCAGCAGCUGAUGGAACUCGGUUGCACCUGGACCACGCAGAUAGAGAUGGACACGCCGGUGCAGGCGAACACUAUCGGAUCGUAUAUCGGAUCACCGAACCACACCACGAAUUAUACACAAAACGACGUGAUUAAUGUCGGUGGCGAAUUAGGCGGUGGAGACGCGGGAUACUUCAGUACGAGUCCACAAAUGGCGUACCAACCCGCGACGACGACGAACACCGCUAACCAACAGCUCACACCACAAACUCCAAACACACCCACGAUCAUUCUCACAGACUUCUCUGGUGCGGACGAUCCAGAAUUCGUGAGAGACCUCGGAACAGCAAUGAUGGGUGACUUUGACCCGGGAAUAUUCCCGUCGGACGACGUCCUCAGACAGGGCCUCGGUCCGAUCGACAUGGAUGGUCUACAAAUGCUCGCUGACCCUACGAUGGUCAUAUCGGAUUCCAGCGCCGAAGCCCGCUUUAGGUUAGAUUUAGAUUAGUUCGAUUUUAAGGGAAGAGAUUUUAUUCAUUUACCAACACCCGAUCGACUAUUGCGUAGGAUAGAAUAAAUUCUAUCCUGAUAUCGCGAUUAAUUCUUAAGACACUUUGACAUAUGGGUACCACUUCUUGGACACUGGCAGAUUUGCAGGGAAAAUGUGUGUGUAUAAAUAUUUAUAAAUUUUAUUUACAGCGCAUACAUUUAUCUAGAUUUAUAUGAAUAUAUCUUUCGUCUCGUGUUCUAUCGCGCAUUUUUUUUUUUUACCUUACGACUCGUGCAUAAUACGUGCGUAUUGUUUUUCAAUGUAACGUUUGGAAAUUACAAUGGAAGUACACAUUAGCCUCCGAAAUGUCACGUGGUAUUUUCUGGAAACCAAGUCAGUGAUCAAUGAAAGUUGUCUCCCGCUCGUGAUAAACCGUUAUUUGACGAUUAAGUAAUAUAAAUCUUUAUUAACCCUUUUUUUAUUUUACACUACUUUGUACAUUGUAUCAUGUAUGAUCUCUAAGAAGCACAAAAGAAAAUGUUUACUGAUUUAUACAUGCUUUUAUCAUAAUGUAAUUAUAGCGAAGUAAUCUACUGUUUAGGCCAAUUUAAAAUUAGAGAAAACGAUCGAUUAUGCUCCUCAACAAGGAGCAUUUAAAAACGCAUAAAGACAUAGAAGUGAGAGAGGAGGGAGAUGCCUAUCGGCGGUACACGCCAGCAGCAAUCUAGAUUUUUAUGUUUCCUUUUCCUCAUUAUAUCCUUGCGAGCAGCUUACGAUCAUAAACAUUUACGUUAGUGGUACCUAGUAGUCUAUGUAGUCGAUUAGUUAUUGUUUCCUCUUACUCUUUUAGGCCGCAUUUUCGUCAUUCAUCGUCAGUACUGAAUUAUACAUAUACGUAUGUAAAACUAUAACUUUUCAGUACUCAGGCAGUGAAUAACAAAACGCCGCUCUAGUAUUGGGAUACACUAUGAGUUAAUCAAAAUACAUAACGCAGGGGAUUGUAUAUUGUUGAACUUGGGCUCGAUUUUUCUUCACUGAAUAUGACGAUCAAAUCCGUGAUAAAGUUAAAAUGAAAUGGCUAAAUUUAAAUGAAGUAAAUCUGAAUGAAUACCAAGACGAUCUCAAGGAGAAGACUGCAUAGGAAUUUCUGAGUAACAGUCUUCUCCACCUUUCAAAUAUGCAAUCCUAUUAUCGAUGAUUAUUGUCGCUUUUGUCAUUUUGAAGAAUGACUGAAGAAUGGUUGAUUAUAAUUUCGAAUUUCGGCAAAUUAUUAAUAUUAUUGCUUUCCUUAUCGCAGAUUAAGCACAGUGAUAAUGAUGGAGUAGGGAAGAAAAUGUCAUAUGCGUGUACCCUCGGCGGUUGUCAAUUGUUUUUUGAAAGUAAUAUACUAUACUUUAUACGCAUUCGAUAGUUUAAUCGAGUGUGAAAUUAAGAUAAUUGAUAACUACGACAUCAAGAAGAUCCUUAUAUCUAUACACAUUGUAUAAGUAGCGUACCAUACCCUUUCUCGAUAACAUUCAAGUUCUUCGUUCUAGUUAAAAACACAAUGUAGGCGAUUAGUGUUAUGGAAUCAGGCUACGACAUGCCGGAAAACGCGGUAGAAUGUACGGAAUGUAGUGUAGCCUGAAUUCAGUGGUGCAUAUACUUCAGCACACGCAAUACACACCUUCUUUCACACUACAUUAAAAUAGAUUGAAAUUUGGACGGACAUAAAAUGAAAUAGUGAAUUCGCUAUUACCGAUAUCACAUUCAUAUCUUAUAAAUAUAGAUCAUCUUCUGUCUGCAAGGGUUAAUUAAAUAUAGCGAAAUGGUGCUAAAGAAGUUCUGGUAAAUGCGAAGUGUCGUAACGGGAAAUGUCCCUUUUUACAUUACCGCUGUUAUGCGCUGUCGGUCGGCGCGCACUUCGUGGCUACGAGAACUUUUUUAUACGCUCUAUACGAAAGGCUUGCAAAGAGAAUAUACCUUGACGGGGAAGAAGUUUAACAAUAAUCUUUACAUAUUUAAAAUGUGAUUAAUGUGACCAAGAGUUGAACCGUCAUUAUAUCCAAAAAGUUUAUCGUAGUAGAUCAGAAAUUCUCUUCCCGUUUGCUCUCUCUCUCUCUCUCUUUUACUUGCAAAGUCUCGUCUCGCGUAUAUGCAAAUGCAAGAGGUGCCAAAAGCGCGUAGAUAUUCGUCGUAGGUUAUAAGAUCGUGCUAUCGACUCAUAAUCGUGCAAUAUAAACGUAUGUAUAUGAUCGUCGGUCGUUUAACAUAAGGUUUAAACCAAGUUAAAUGUUAACCAAGAUCGUGACGUCAAUUUGUCAUUGUCAUUUUAACCGUAAAAAAUUGAUAGGUUUACAAAAGAGGGAUAUAAAAAAAGAGCAUAAAAUUUUAAGUAAAAAAAAGAAGGCGGGUUUAUAUCUGUUAUUGUAUUAUCUAUCGUAUUCGAUAUAUCAUGCGGAGCAAAUACUGCUUUCGGCAUUCACGUUGACACAAAUGUAAAAGAUUACGGGUACUAUGUGUAAUAUGUAUCAUAAAAAUUAAAAAGAGGAAUCAAUACUGAUCUUUUGAUAACUUUUUCUUCAAAUAAAAUUUUACAAACUCGCCUGAAAUAAAAUUGAAUGCACGAAAAGUUCUUUAUGCCAAAAAUUGUAAUGUUGCAAUGAACGAUGUUGAAACAAAUGGCAGCAUUUUUUCUAAGAUAUUUGUUGACUGUGAUUGAUCGAUGAAAAAUAUUACGAAAUUUUAUUUGCAUGAUGCAGAUUGACGCGAAUUACCCGUAAUUCUUUAAUAAAAUUGAUUAGCUUGCGAUGAAAUUCAAAGACAGGAUGUUAAAUGUAAUCCCGCGAUUGACUUCACACUUUAUUACGAUUCAUAUUACAUUACGAAUCAGUUUUAUAAAGGCAAAUAUUUUUCAAAAUAGAAAGUGUGAUAAAACUUGUAUCGCAUCACAUUUUCUAAUUUCGAAAAGAUUGUAGAAUAAUGUUUCAACGUAGCAUGACCAAAGUAUCCUCAGGAAGACCUCAAAGCUUCAAAUAUGUAACGUUGUAAAGUUGUGUCUGCUUUCUUAUUCUGUGCUAUACAAAGCCACGUUGAAGCCUCAGUCGAAAUGAAUUUUAAUGUGCUUCUUUUGUUUUUCUUUCUUCCUAUAUCUCUCUAAUAUUCACACCCACCUUUUAGGUUUUCGAAAUAGGAAAUAUUUUUUUCUAAUCUUAUCCACUCUAAAAACACAAUCUCUCUUUCUCUCUUUCUCUCUCUCUUUCUUUCUCUUUCUCUCUCUCUCUCUCUCUCUCUCUCACGCUCUCUCUCUCCCUCUGUUUUAUCGCAUCGAGGGGAAGAGAGACUGGCUUAAGAUUAAUAAGAUCGCAAGCCUGUUGUAACGUGCAAUUAAAAAAAAUAAGCAGCGGAUGUAAAAGCGUCGCUGCCUAAUCUCGCGCUAGAUCGAUCCAUCGCGUCGAUUCGUGAGGGCUUAAUAAAAGAAAUUUGUAAUAUUUGUAUAUAGCUAAUGUUACACACUGUGGUAAAGAAUUUACCUAUUAUUAUAAAUAAUAUUAUAUAUAAAUAUUAUAUAUAUAUAAAUAUUAUAUAUAUAUAUAUUAUGUAUGUAAUACCGUUACGUUGUUGUACUAUAUUAUUGUGAACACCAUUUCUCAGACAUCGAUUUUUUUAAAUAAAAAAGAAAAGAGCUCUUUCGACACACACUAAAUACCAGGCCAAAUCCGUCACGUUAUUCGCCACGUGUGUGGUUCGCUCGUGUCGGUUAUGUGUUACAUCUAUGUUGCAUCUCGCAGUUCGUUGCAUUCACGUAUUUAUGACUCGUUCAUGCGCAUGUAAAUAUUUGUUCGCUUUGUAUAUGAUUUGCUACACGGUAUCAUAGUAUAGAGGAAAGUUUUAUGCAAAUAUCAAAGGUCGUAUAGCGAUUAAAAUUAUUAAAACAUUCUCUCUCUAAAUA